AUGCGGCAAGAAUUGGCGUCACUGUGUGAUAAGAAAUCGGAAUUUCUUCGAGCACAGAAAAGGGCAUCGCUGUUUGUGGACAGUCGUCGAAUUGGUGCUCCGAGUGUCAUGAACGAAUUUUCAACAGUAUUCAAGAAGGCAUGUUCACUUCCAUUAGAAGAUGUCGACGAACAAAGAAAGAUGAUUGAAGAUGUAGUAAAGGAAUCAAUAGUGAUUGAAUGGCCGAGAACAUUUCCAGGAGUUUAUUCAGAUCAAGCUGAAACUGAACUGGAUUUUGCUCCACUCAUUCACAGGGCAAGAAAUGUUGUGAAAUGCAGAACAAGCCAUCCAACAAUGCGUGUUAAAAUCUACGCGAUCUCGGAGAGCAAUGAGAUCAGUUGUCCUCAAGUUAUUGAAACCUUUUACCGUGCAUCUCUUGUCAAAUUGAGUGCAGAAACCCCGGAAUCAAAGUUCAGACAAAGUUCGAGCCAUGCUCAACUUCUGAUCUUUGCAAAUCAGUUGAAUGAGCAAAAUGUGAGAACAACUUCAUUGAAAUACGAUAAUGGAUUCUUAUGUGCAACGUUCCCUGAAAUGGGUGUUACUUUGAACUCAAUGGUUGAUCGUCGUCAAUUAUCAACUCGAUAUGCGAUUCAAGUUGAAGUUCAUAUCAAUAUUGAUAACAGAAUAAUUGUUAUUCAUUCACUCAUCAGUCAUCCAUUCUUGAUUGCUAUCACAAAUGAUCAAACUGAACCGCUUCUACAGUCAAUCUUCUGGAAUAGACUUUUGAAUUGUGACCAACAUGAUUCAUACGAAUCUUCCCCUGAUAAAAGCCACCUUCCCUGGGGAACACUACGCCAAGCUCUGCGUGCAUUUAUUAAAUCUCAAAUCCCUCAAGCAAGAUUUCUAACGGAUUAUGAAUUGAGACACAUCCAAACUAUGCUUUUACUUCCACGUGUCCUUCGUUGUGGUAGCCCAAAUGAUCUACAUCUUCUUGAGAUUAAUUUAUUUGGAUCAGUCGGAAAUCAACAAAGAGAUUUACACGAAGAAAUGAAAAGAUUGAGAAAUCGGUUGCUGAGUGAGCCGAUAGUUGACAGUUUUCUAGUGGAUCGAAAAGAGUUUAUCAAUGAAAAAUGUAUUUCUGUUCUCGAUAUGAGCACUGAAUUGGAGCAUACCACGUGGCAAUGGUUGCACAAAUCGUGUGAAAUGAUUCAGGAUGUAGGUCAUAAGCUAUGUCCAUCUCCAGUCUGUGACAAGAAGUCAUCGAAAACAAAGAAACAAAUGGCGGCUUCAGAAGACUAUCAGACUGUCAUUAGUCUCUUCAACAAAGGAUUCAUUACAUUUUGUUCAACUCUAAAAGCUGGCGUCUCUUUUGGAUACGUAGAAAGAAAUUCAGCAAUGCUCAUGAGAUUUUGUGAUGAAAACAUCGGUCAUUUUUCGAUUUGUUAUGGAUUGGAAAACGGAAAACCCAAACUCGGUUCGAUAUCAGCUGAACAAGUGAAAGAUUUUAAGCAGGGACUACCCGAAAUGCUGAUUGACGAACACUAUCCUUCGAAGUAUCACAGUUUAAUCAAAAUGAGUAUGGAGGAUUGUGAAGAUAACUCGCCAGCAGUUGCAGUCAGAAAAACUGAGAUAUUUCAUAACUAUAAAACAGAGAGAAGAACGGUAGAAAGUGUUUCAAUUAUGGAUGAUGAGACAAAUCGAGUGGAUGUUUUGAGUGGAGCGCUUCUUGCUCGUCAGUCUCCAUCUCCACCACAAAACAUGAUACAAUCUCAUGUUUUUGAUAUUUCUUCUUUUGCUCAUAAUAAUACUCAUAUCGCCCAAACUAUUUUCCCAUUGCUUCACAGUUUGAGUGGAAAUUUGGACAUAAGUUCAUUACUUAAAAACUUCAAUUCUUCUUCGAAUCAAACGGAGGAAGAUGCAGAUGACAAUGAUGCAAAUCUCUCUGAUACUUCUGGAGAAGAUGCUCCGACGUCUUCAGUUGCUUCAUUGCUUCAGAGCAAAAAGGAUCAUAAAGAUGAUAUUCACAAUGAAACUGGAAAUAUUGCACAACUUCUUCUUCAACAAUAUCAGUAG